AUGCCUAAGCCCACCACCGUUAAGACCGCCGUCUGGUAUUGCGUAAGUUCAGAGACGCACAGUUCUUCAUCACUUGGUCUCAUCCUUUUGCUAACCAACUCUCCUCUCUCAGCACAACUGCUCCUCUGGCCCGCUCAACUGCAAGAUCGAUGCCUACUGUCCCUACUGCUACCACCAGAAGUGCUCUGGGUGCACGACAACGACGAUCAGGACUCCGGCUGGUCGAUAAGUCCCACACCCAUGACUGGCGCCUUGGGCGACACGUCCUUCAACUUCACCGCCACCAGUCGUAAUGGCGACUACCACAGACAAGAAACCUUCAGACAGCAGGAAGGGGAAAAGGUGCCGCUACAAGGACCACAAGGACGAAAGACACGCGAGACGGAGAAGGACAGGAAAGGAAAGAAAGGCAACCGCAGGAUCGAGACGAUAUAG